CGGUCUAUAUGAAGAUUGUACUCCGUUUGAGUCCAGUUGACUAGAUGUGUAUAGACCUCUAACCUUUCUCGGUCAUUGUAAAGCCAGGUGAGACGUGAACAUGGAAGGGCUGAUUCCUGUGAUAAAUAAGCUUCAGGAUGUAUUCAACACUGUGGGAGCAGAAGCAAUACAGCUUCCCCAAAUCGUUGUCAUAGGAAAUCAGAGUUCAGGCAAGAGUUCUGUAAUUGAGAGUCUGGUAGGAAAAGACUUCUUGCCCAGAGGGACAGGUAUUGUGACACGACGGCCAACCAUUCUGCAGCUCGUGUAUGUUCGCAAAGAAGACAGAGAGUCACACACGCAGGAUGGCAAGUUUAUUCCUGCUGAGGAGUGGGCUAAAUUUCUUCACACAAAAGAGAAAGUUUAUUCUGAUUUUGAGGAAGUACGACGAGAGAUUGAACGCGAGACAGAACGCAUGUCAGGAACAAACAAGGGUAUAUGCCUAGAACCAAUCAACAUCAAAAUAUUCUCUCCCCAUGUUGUGAAUUUGACAUUGAUUGAUCUACCUGGUAUGACCAAAGUUCCGGUAGGUGACCAGCCUCCUGAUAUUGAGAUGCAGAUUCGUGACCUCUGCUUUUAUUAUAUCACAAACCCUAACUCCGUCAUACUGGCAGUCACUGCUGCCAACACAGACUUUGCAACAUCUGAGGCCCUUAAGCUGGCUCGAGAAGUGGACCCUGAUGGCCGCCGUACAUUAGCUGUUAUCACAAAGCUGGACCUCAUGGAUGCUGGCACAGAUGCUAUGGAGGUUUUGUGUGGCCGAGUUAUCCCAGUCAAACUUGGCAUUAUAGGUGUUGUUAAUCGCAGCCAAGCUGAUAUAAAUAACAAGAAGGAAAUGGCAGAUGCCCAUAGAGAUGAAGCCUCUUUUUUGCAGAAAAAAUACCCUUCCAUUGCUAGCAGAAAUGGCACACCCUAUCUAGCAAAGACACUAAACAGACUGCUGAUGCACCACAUCCGAGACUGCCUACCAGAACUGAAAACACGUAUUAACGUCCUCAUCGCUCAGUUCCAGUCACUUCUUAGCUCUUUUGGAGAACCAGUUGAUGAUAAGGCACAGCUACUUCUUCAAAUCAUCACUAAGUUUGCUUCUGCAUAUUGUAGCACAAUUGAAGGAACAUCCAAGAAUAUUGAAACUACAGAAUUAUGUGGAGGUGCCAGAAUCUGUUACAUUUUCCAUGAAACCUUUGGCCGCACUCUGGAAAGUAUUGAUCCUCUGGGAGGACUGUCCACCCGGGAUGUUUUGACUGCCAUUAGAAAUGCAACUGGUCCCCGGCCUUCCUUAUUUGUACCUGAAGUAUCUUUUGAGUUGCUGGUGAAACGGCAAAUCAGGCGCCUGGAAGAGCCAAGCUUGCGGUGCGUUGAACUUGUUCAUGAGGAAAUGCAACGCAUGAUCCAACACUGUGGCACACAGCAAGAGAUGUUGAGAUUUCCCAAGCUUCAUGAGAAGAUUGUAGACGUGGUGACAAACUUGCUGAGAAAGAGACUUCCACCUACAAAUACUAUGGUGGAGAACUUGGUAGCAGUGGAACUAGCCUACAUCAACACCAAACACCCAGACUUCACUGAGGCUCAUUUGGCGCACAGGUCCCUCACUGAGGGAGGUUCAGGUGAGCCAAGGCAACUGACCACAACAGGUUCAAAUCUCACCAAGACCUUUCUGGAGCGUCAAAAUGAGGAAACAAAGUCUUCAGCACCAGAACUGAAUGGAGGCCCAUGGAAAAUCUCAAAUUUUAUUAGAGGCAGCAAGCUAGAGAUGAAUGCUGACAAAGGAUCUGAGCAAGGGACAUCAUCACUACCUAGCAGUGGGCCAAACAGUGCUGUCCCUUCACCUUCCCAUUCCAGAAAAGGGGGCAUAAAUCUUUUACCUGAAGUACCUGAGCAGCCUGUGAUGAAACUCUCAGCCAGGGAACAAAGGGACUGUGAAGUCAUUGAGCGUCUGAUACGUUCCUACUUCAUGAUUGUGCGAAAGAACAUACAGGACAGUACGCCGAAAGCCAUCAUGCAUUUCUUAGUCAACUACAUCAAGGACAACCUGCAGAGUGAGCUUGUCAGUCAGCUGUAUAAGAGAGAAGAGAUUGAAACCUUGUUGGAGGAAUCCGAGCACAUUGCUGCCCGCCGCAAAGAGGCUUCAGAGAUGCUACAGGCUUUGCAAAGAGCUAGCCAGAUCAUUGGUGAGAUACGUGAAACCCACUUAUGGUGAUCUUGUAGUCUCACUAGCUGCAAAUGUCAGCCAACCAGAACUGUGGACUGGUGCAAUCAGUUGAUGUGAAGACAAAAGGUGGUGCUGGGCAUGAAGGACAAUACAGAGGGAAGAGCAGGACUGUUCUCCUCUCUCACAAUUUUUGUCACAGAGACUGAGGAUGUGUAGUGCACAGUGUGCUAUCUACCGCAUCUCUACAGGUUUGAUAAAAAAUAUUUCACAUCUGCCAGGCAUGCCUAUUCCAGGCAUAAAAUGACCUUUAGCUUUUGUAGUUCUUUUACUUAAACACAAUGUCCCAUUGUACCAGAUGUCUUACCUGCAAGAAGGUGUGAUCUUUAAAACUGUCAAAAUUUUUCACACGUUUCCCUUUUUUUGCAGUAAGAACAGUAAAUAGCUGUACUUUAGUCAAGGGUCUUCUCAACAUUUCAUCACUGAUGUAUUGUGUGCUGUAGUUCAUAAAUAAGCAAGAUACAAUGAGGAGACAUUAAUGUCAAGCAAAUCCCUAAAGACAAAUAUAUUUGAUAUAUAUAUGACUGUAUGUAUAUAUAUAGUUGUUGAGUGACAGUAGAAGAAUGUGCACACUGCUCAGUGCUGUCAGUCAGAGAGCAGCUCUUGCUCACUCACUUUGAUUAUUAGAAGCAUCAAAUGUCAGCAUGGAAGCAAGAAGACUUGAGCUGUCCUUGGUGAUGCUGACAGAUGCAAUGUCAAGAAUGAAAUUUCAGUGGAAUGAAGGAUAUAACAAUGCCAGAUUAGUGGAGAUUAUGAGCAAGAAUAGGCCUUGUCUACAUUCUGUGAAUGCUGCCCUAGUUCCACAUAGCUUGCUGCUGGUUCCUCCAGCUGACAUCUCUGUAAGCAGCUAUGGAGUGAUAGCCAACAGUGUCAUCACAGGAGCAGCAGGCACAUCUCCAGACUAACAGUGGGACUGAUGUUCUGACAGAGCUUUUUAGAUGACUCCACUCAUUGCAGUCCAAGCAGAAUUUGUUGGUGACUUUCAACCUGUGAAAACAUCCACUGGCAGUGCAGAACUGAUCAACUUGAAGACAUCAAGGGUAGAUUUUCCAUCAUGGACUAGUCAUGACAAGCAGAUGCCUGUUGAUGUACUUACAUAUUUCCUUCUUGUCUUAAAUCUUUAGACUUAUUUGCUUAAUUUAUUUAAGCUGAUAAGUAUUGUGAUAGCUGUUGGACUUCUGUGUAGACUAAUAACUGAUGAAAUAGACCCUAAAAGUUUGGGACUUCUUUCCACUCAAAAUGAUGUCAUUAUAAUGAUUGAAUAUAAUUUGUAUUUAUGCAAUGUAUGUCAUCAUGAACAUUUUUGCUAGAAACGUUCUUGUUUUGCAAAGGGAAGAUUUUUGUCUGAUUUAAAUGAUUAUGUGUGUUCAUAGGUUGCCUGAAAAAUAUUUGUAUUUCAAAUGGACUGUAAUAUAUUCAUGAUAUUGACUUCCACUAGUCUUUGUGACAAUUAAAAAAAAAGACUUCUAGAAACGUC